UGGCAAGGAAGCCUCAACUCUCAACACUACAUUGGAACGAAUCCCAUAAAAACGGUUGAACGACAUGCCAAUCAUUUACGGCCUGGUCGCCCGAGGCGCCAUCAUCCUCGCCGAGCAUGCAACGACAACAGGAAACUUUACCACUGUCACCCAACACAUUCUCGAACGCCUACCGGAAGGCGAUUCGAAAAUGACGUUUGUUUACGAUAGAUAUCUAUUCCAUUACAUUAGCCGCAACAACAUUACGUAUCUCUGCUUAGCUGACGAUUCAUUUGGUCGUCGCCUCCCAUUCGCAUUCCUGGAAGAUAUCUCCCGCCGCUUCGAAAAUGCAUAUGGAGAUAGAGCCCAAACAGCGAUUGCAUAUGGGUUGAACGAGUUUUCCAAAGUGAUUGCAACGCAGAUGGAGUAUUACUCAAACAACCAGGGUGCAGACCGAUUGAGACAGGUGCAAGGAGAGAUUGAUCAAGUGCGAGAUGUGAUGGUGCACAAUAUUGAAAAAGUUUUGGAAAGAGGCGAACGCAUUGAGAUCCUCGUUGACAAAACCGACAAUCUAAACCAAACCUCUUUUGCCUUCAAGAAACGCUCAACGGCUCUUCGUCGACGAGAAUGGUGGAAAAACACUCGGUUGAUGAUCAUUCUCGUUGCUGUUAUCUUUCUGGUCAUUUACUUUACCGUUGGAGCUUCGUGUGGGUUCCCUGGAUUCCACAAGUGCAUUGGUUCUGACUCCGCCAACAAUGUCACGCCAAACUCUGCUCAACUGCUGGAAUAACGUCUCCCUUCCGUUGAUGAGGACACGUAGAUUUGCGUCAUUUGCAAGUUUGCCACUUGUGCUUGUACCUCUGUUUGUAAAAAGCGACAUAUAUGUGAAUAUAAGAUCUUGUUUGAACAUAUUGGGGAGGUUGUUAACGGAAACUCUCGGGUGGACAUUUAAAUGAUUGUGAUACGAUGGACUAUGAGCUGCACCGACUCUGGAUACUUGGUGAUGAGACGUGAAAUUGAUAUC